AAGUGUAUCGAGACGCGAGUGUGAAUGCACAUGCUCCGUGCGCUCAGUGGUUCGAAGAUUUUUUUGUAUGGAGUGUUCCGUUAAGAAACAGCAAGAAUAGGGCUGAGAAGCGAGGAUAGAGGAGAGGAAGCCCAAGGUGUGUGUGAUCUCUGUAGCAGCGUUUUUCUUGAGGAACCUCUCAAUCCUGGAGGGAUUUGGAUUGUGUGGUGAUUUCGAAUCGUGAGCCCGGAAGAAUCUCAUCGGGGUGGAGAAGGAAGUGAGCGCAUUAGAAAGGAGCUGAGCUAAAAUAGUGUUAACGGAAGAUUCGGAAUAGAUAAUAAGCCGUUAGCACGGAGAGUGAUUUUGAAGAGUCCACAGGGACUUGGCGAAGUAUUUGCGUGAAGUAAGCAGUGAAUAGUGAAUCCAGAUCAAUGAUGGCCGAAGAAGAAUUGUCGGCAGAAUAAUAAGUGGAAAAGUCAAGGUGCUGGGUGAUCGUUGAAGAAAAAGAUCAACAAUCGACAUCAAGCUCAAGCAAUGAAAGGUGCUACGAAGCUGCAUUACAACAAUGAGUGUCAAUCGGGUGGUUGGGCCUUUUAAGACCCUAGAAGAAUCGUGGUGACCUCAACAUUGGGGAUAAUAUCAGUGAUAUAUUCAAACGAAUGGAAGAAUCAAACCUUUGAUGAUCUAUAGGUGUUGUGAAGAAGCAAAAGUGUUCAAAUCAGUGUGCAUAGACCGGAAACACGAAACUAGGAAGCGGGUUGGACCGGAACCUGCCCGCGUCUGAAGGGAUUUUCCCGUAACGUAGUAAAACUAGCAGCCAGAGUUCUCGAGACAACCUUUAGCUGAACUGAAUCUGGAACUAUGUGGUCGUCAACAACGGCCACCACCACCCGAAGGGGAUCGCCCGUCGGCAUCUCCGGUCUGUCAAAUACUCGGAUUAGGAUGCUCAUCAUUGGAUUGUUCCUGGUCAUGCUGAUUGAUUCCGCUUCCGGCUUUCUGUCGUGUUCUCCAUCGCCGUGCAAACAUGGAGGAACAUGCAUCAGCAAACCGAACGGAGGAUCCUACUGCAACUGUACGACGCGGCAUACCGGUGAAUUCUGUGAAUUUACGAAUCCGUGUCACAUCGGUGCGGGUCCUCGGUGUCAAAACGGGGGAACUUGCGAGGUGACCUUCCGCGAAGGUAUUCCGUCGUUUUCGUGUCGGUGUCCGAUCGGAUUCACCGAGAGUUUGUGCGAAAUUCCGGUUAAGAACGCGUGCGAUUCGUCUCCGUGUAACAACGGGGGCACCUGCAAGCUGAAGAGCCUGAACGAGUACACGUGCCUCUGCGCCACCGGAUAUUCGGGAAAACACUGCGACAAACAGAACCUCUGUGCGUCAUCUCCAUGCCGCAACGGAGGCACUUGCACACUGUCCCCAAACGGGCACGUCAAGUGCAUCUGCCCAAAGGGGUUCAAGGGUUUGACGUGCUCCGAGGAUAUCGAGGAGUGCAUCAAGAACCCUUGCGUCAACGGUGGCAAGUGCGUCAACACGCAUGGAUCGUACCAAUGCAUGUGUGAACCCGGAUACACUGGGAAAAACUGCGAGUCGCACUACAUUCCCUGUUCGCCGUCGCCUUGCCAAAACGGAGGCACUUGCAAGCAGUCGACGAAAUUUAACUACGAAUGCAAAUGUCCACCAGGCUUCCAUGGUAAAAACUGCGAGGAGAACAUCGACGAUUGUCCGGGCAAUAUGUGUCAAAACGGUGGCACCUGCGUAGACGGGGUCAAUGCCUAUCACUGCAAGUGCCCGCCGAGCUUUACCGGCGAUUAUUGCGACACGGACGUGGACGAGUGCGUUCAGCAGCCGACGAUUUGCAAGAAUGGGGCCACCUGUACCAACACCCACGGCGGCUACAACUGUAUCUGCGUGAACGGGUGGAAUGGGCCUGACUGUAGCAACAAUAUCGAUGACUGUGUGGAUGCGGCUUGUUUCAACGGGGCCACCUGUAUCGAUGGGGUCGGUAGCUUCUACUGUCGGUGCACGCCGGGCAAGACUGGGCUGCUGUGCCAUCUGGACGAUGCUUGUACUUCAAAUCCUUGCCACGCCGAUGCAAUCUGUGAUACCAGCCCGAUCAACGGGUCGUUUACGUGUUCCUGCGCGAUGGGCUACAAGGGCAUCGACUGUUCUGAGGAUAUCGACGAGUGUGAUCAAGGUUCCCCGUGCGAGCACAACGGCAUCUGUGUCAACACGCCCGGCUCGUUUGCCUGCAACUGUACCCAGGGCUUUACCGGGCCCCGGUGCGAGACCAACGUCAACGAGUGCGAGUCACAUCCGUGCCAGAACGAGGGCAGCUGCCUCGACGAUCCGGGAACGUUUCGCUGCGUUUGCAUGCCAGGAUUUACCGGAACGCAGUGCGAGAUCGACAUCGACGAGUGCGCCACCAACCCUUGCCUGAACGGUGGCAUCUGCCGGGAUCUGAUCAACUCGUUCAAGUGCACCUGUGCCAUCGGAUUCACGGGUCUUCGCUGUCAGAUCAAUAUCGACGAUUGUCUAUCGCAACCCUGUCGGAACGGCGGUAUCUGCCAUGAUUCCAUCGCCGGGUACACGUGCGAGUGUCCACCCGGGUAUACGGGAAUGUCCUGCGAGACGAACAUCAACGACUGCGCUUCGAACCCGUGCCACCGGGGUAUCUGCAUCGAUGGGGACAAUUCGUUCACCUGCCAGUGCAACCCGGGGUACACCGGGUACCUGUGUCAGAUCCAGAUCAACGAGUGCGAAUCGAACCCGUGUCAGUUUGGCGGACACUGUGAAGAUCUGGUCGGAGGUUACAUAUGUCGCUGUCAACCGGGAACGUCCGGUCCCAACUGUGAAGUCAACGUGAACGAGUGCCACAGCAAUCCGUGUCGACAUGGCGCCAAAUGCAUAGACGGCAUCAACAGGUACACCUGUCAGUGCGUACCAGGCUUUACGGGAACCCACUGCGAGACGAACAUCAACGAAUGCGCAUCAGAUCCCUGCGCCAACGGAGGUGUCUGCAUGGACCUGGUCAACGGAUUCCGCUGCGAAUGCCCUCGUGGUUACUUCGACGCCCGAUGCCUCAGCGACGUGGACGAAUGCGCUUCAAACCCUUGCAUCAACGGAGGUCGUUGUGAAGACGGCGUCAAUCAAUUCAUCUGCCAUUGUCCUCCCGGCUACGGUGGUCGUCGUUGCGAAACGGACAUAGACGAGUGCGGAUCGAAUCCAUGCCAACACGGCGGAAUCUGCCGCGAUGGCCUCAACUCCUACACCUGCCAGUGCAUGCCAGGAUACUCGGGCAGAAACUGUGAAAUCAACAUCGACGACUGCGUGAACAAUCCCUGCCGAAACGGAGGUUCCUGCAUCGAUCUGGUCAAUGGAUACAAAUGCGUUUGCCGAGUUCCGUUCACCGGACGGGAUUGUGAAUCGAAAAUGGAUCCUUGCCUACCGAAUCGGUGCCGCAACGGAGCCAAGUGUUCACCUAGCCAAAACUACAUGGACUUCUCGUGCAGCUGCACCCUCGGCUACACCGGACGGCUAUGCGACGAAGACAUCAACGAGUGUGCGCUGUCCUCACCCUGCCGAAACGGCGCCACCUGUCGCAACACCAACGGUUCCUAUCAAUGCCUCUGCGCCAAAGGCUACGAGGGUCGCGAUUGCACCGUCAACACCGACGACUGUGCCUCGUUCCCAUGUCAGAAUGGAGGAACCUGCCUGGACGGCAUCGGGGACUACACGUGCCUCUGCGUGGAUGGCUUCGAGGGCAAACACUGCGAAGUCGACGUCAACGAGUGCGUAUCCAUGCCUUGCCAGAACGGAGCAACUUGUACGCAGUACGUCAACUCGUACACCUGCACGUGCCCACUCGGCUUCAGCGGAAUGAACUGCCAGACCAACGACGAAGACUGUACCGAAAGCUCCUGCAUGAACGGCGGAACCUGCAUCGACGGUAUUAACAGCUACAACUGCUCGUGCCAAGCCGGAUUCACUGGAUCUAACUGCCAGUACAAGAUCAACAAAUGCGACUCGCAACCCUGCCGGAACGGUGCCACUUGUUACGAUUACGACAACGACUACACCUGUCACUGUUCGUACGGCUACACCGGAAAGCAGUGCAUGGACUACGUAGAUUGGUGUUCCCAGUCUCCUUGCGAGAACGGCGCCACCUGCGUCCAACGGGAGAACGUCUACCAGUGCAUCUGUGCUCCCGGAUGGACCGGUAAGCUCUGUGACGUGGAAAUGGUAUCCUGCAAGGAUGCAGCCAUCCGGAAACGCGUUGAACAGAAACUCCUCUGUCACAACGGAACCUGCGAAGACUUCGGAAACUCCCAUCGCUGCCACUGCCAACAAGGCUACUCCGGCUCCUACUGCCAAAAGGAAAUCAACGAAUGCGAAAGCCAACCUUGCCGUAACGGAGGUCACUGCAAAGACCUCAUCGGAUCAUACAAGUGCAUCUGCAAGAAGGGCUUCCAAGGUCAGAACUGCGAACUAAACAUCGACGAGUGCAAGCCAAACCCUUGCCGAAACGGAGGUAUCUGCCACGAUCUGAUCAACGACUACAAGUGCUCGUGUCCACCGGGAACGCUCGGAGUGCUAUGCGAGAUCAACACGGACGACUGCGUUCCGGGUGCUUGCCACAACAACGGUAGCUGUAUCGACAAGGUUGGAGGAUUCGAAUGCCGCUGUCCACCGGGCUUCGUAGGAUCCCGCUGUGAAGGCGACAUCAACGAGUGUCUGUCGAACCCAUGCUCGAACCCGGGAACCCUGGACUGCGUCCAGCUGGUCAAUGACUACCACUGCAACUGCAAGCCCGGUCACAUGGGACGGCACUGUGAGAUCAAGGUUGACUUCUGCGCCAACUCGCCGUGCCUGAAUGGAGGAAUCUGUUCCAUUCGGCAAAGCGGACACCAUUGCGUAUGCACUGACGGUUACUACGGCAAGAACUGCGAAUUCUCCGGACAUGACUGCGACUCGAACCCUUGCAUCAACGGACUGUGCCAGAUUGCUGACGACGGUGGCUACCGUUGCGAGUGUCCGCUGGGAACCAGUGGUAUCAACUGUGAGAUUGACAUCCUGGACGAGUGUAAUUCGAGUCCUUGCGAGCGCGGAGCUGCCUGCCAGAACAAGCUGGGCGACUUUGAGUGCUUCUGUCCGCCGAAGUGGGCCGGAAAGACGUGCAACAAGUAUGAUACGACGUACAAGGGAUGGUUCGAGAGCGACAUCAAGAAGAAGGGUAUUAUGAACAUCUAUGCGAUUGAUUUGGAGUAUCAGAGGGCGCAGUGCGUGAAGAAGGGAUGUCGGGAGAAACAAGGUAAUCAUAGGUGCGAUGAAGAGUGCAACACGUACGCCUGUGACUUUGAUGGAAACGACUGUUCGCUGGGAAUCAAUCCGUGGUUGAACUGCACUGCCAGCAUCAACUGCUGGGAGGUGUUCCAGGAUGGAAUCUGUAAUGAGGAUUGUAACAAUGCUCAGUGCUUGUUCGAUGGACGCGAUUGCGAGAAGAAGCUCCAGCCGUGUAAUCCGGUGUAUGACGCGUACUGUCAGAAGCACUAUGCCAACGGAUUCUGUGACUACGGAUGUAACAAUGCCGAGUGUAACUGGGACGGUUUGGAUUGCGAGAACGAUCGAGAACCGGCUCAGUUGGCGGAAGGUGCCAUUUCAAUCAUCCUGCUGAUGGACAUGGAGACGUUCAAGAAGAAUUCCGUUCAAUUCCUGCGUGACCUGGGUCAUCAGCUGAGAACGACAGUACGGAUCAAAAAGAACAAUGCCGGUAUGGAGAUGAUCUUCCCUUGGAAGGGAGGCACUGCUCUGCAGGGAUUGGCUGAGAGCGAAUUCGGCCGCAAGCACCACGUUGUCUACACGGAAACCCGACAGACUGGUAUCCAGGUCUUCCUGGAACUGGACAACCGCAAAUGCAUUGGAAUGACUGGUGCAGAGUGCUUCGGAACGGCUAGCGAGGCUGCCGAGUUCCUGGCCGCAACGGCUUCGAAGCAUUCCCUCUCGAAACAGUUCCCAAUUUACCAAGUCAAGGGCGUCAAUCCCGAUGACGACGGUCUUCCGGAAACGACGAACACCAACUAUGUACUACUAGGAUUCUUCAUCGGAUUACUGUUGUUUGCCAUGUGCGGAGUGUUGGUGGCGAACCGAAAGCGAGCCCAUGGCGUCACGUGGUUCCCAGAAGGAUUCUUCACGGCCAACACCAACGUCAGAAGGCCGUCCCGCAGACGACCAGAUGGCCAGGAGAUGCGUAACUUGAACAAGAAUCCCUCGAUGGUGGACAUGGCCAAUGGGCAUAUGGGUAACUCGCAGCAGUGGUGCAACAGUGACGAUGAAUCGGAAAUGCCGCAACCCAAGCGGUUGCGUGGCAUCGAUCAGGGCUACUCAAGUGAUCAUACUGCGAUUACGGACUACGAAGAAACGGAACCUCGAGUUUGGUCGCAGCAGCACUUCGAAGCUGCUGAUAUCCGUGAUCAUCCGGCAAUGAUGACACCUCCGACGCACCACGAUGGCGGCCAUAACGAUGUAGAUGUGCGAGGACCUUGCGGUAUGACUCCUCUAAUGGUGGCUGCGGUUCGUGGCGGAGGAAUCGAUUCAGGCGAAGACAUUGACUCAGCUGACGACUCCACUGCUCAGAUCAUUUCGGAGUUGGUGGCUCAGGGCGCUGAACUUAACGCGACUAUGGAUAAGACUGGUGAAACUUCUUUGCAUUUGGCGGCUCGUUACGCUCGUGCGGACGCUGCUAAGAGGUUGUUGGACGCUGGAGCUGAUGCGAAUAGUCAGGAUAAUACCGGACGUACUCCACUGCACGCAGCCGUCGCUGCCGAUGCUAUGGGUGUCUUCCAGAUUUUGCUUAGGAACCGCGCUACUAAUCUGAAUGCUCGUAUGCACGACGGUACGACACCGUUGAUCUUGGCAGCCCGUCUCGCGAUCGAAGGAAUGGUUGAAGAUCUGAUCACUGCCGAUGCUGACAUCAACGCCGCAGACAACAGUGGUAAGACUGCGCUGCAUUGGGCUGCGGCCGUAAACAAUGUGGAUGCAGUGAAUAUACUUCUAACCCACGGUGCCAAUCGGGAUGCUCAAGAUGACAAAGACGAAACUCCGUUAUUCCUGGCCGCUAGGGAAGGAUCGUUUGAAGCCUGCAAAGCCUUGCUGGACAACUUUGCCAAUCGGGACAUCACCGAUCACAUGGAUCGGUUACCACGGGACGUGGCUAGCGAGCGGAUACAUCAGGACAUUGUCCGAUUGCUGGACGAGCACGUGCCACGUAGCCCGCAGAUGGUGACGACGAUCCCGAACACGAUCAUGUCACCGACGACGCAUCCGCACAUGAUCACCCACCCGACGAUCAUUGCUUCGACGAAGCAGAAUAAACAGAAGAAGCGGGCGAAGAUGAACGGAGCCGUCGGAGGACCACAGAAUCCCAACAGCCCGGACAACGACGGAAGCAUCCGUCGGAAAGCAGUGGCCAAGAAACCGACGCCGGGUGCCAAGAAAAACAACAACCUUGGUGAUGUGCAUAUUUCGGAUGAUCAGCUGAGCUCGGUGGAGUCGCCGCUGGCCAAUAUCCCCAGCCCGUACGAUACGGUCAGUUUGUACUCGAACGCGAUGGCCGUACACCAGAUGGAUACGAUGACCGGUGCCGGCACCGGCAAGAAGCCACCGAGCUACGAAGAUUGCAUCAAGAGUGCGCAAUCGAUGCAAUCGCUACAUAACAUCAAUCUGGACAACUACGGCUACUCGAUGGGCGGUGCCGGAAAUACUCCGUUCCAGGAUCUGCUGAUGAACCAGCGAAACAACGUGGCGGCGGCGAACAUGUUGCACGCGAUGCAUGCGAUGGGCGAAAGCGGGCUCAGUCCGCCCUAUUCGAACCAGUCGCCGCCGCACUCGGUGCAGAGUAAUCUGGCGCUUUCGCCGCAGGGUUAUAUCGGUUCGCCAUCACCGGCCAAGACGAGGCCCAGUUUGCCAACGUCGCCGACGCACAUCCAAGCGAUGAGGCACGCUCAGCAACAGAAGCACGGUGUGCAAAUGAUCUCCAACGGAAGCAUGCAGCAGCAACAGCAGCAGCAGCAGCAACAACAGCAACAGCAAAAUAGUGGUAGUAUAGGCUGUGGACCGCAGCAGAGCAGUAGUAAUAACAAUAGCAGUAACAACACAAAUAGUGCAAUGUUGGCCGGCCUACAGAUGAGCUUUGUCAACGGUUCUUCCGGACUGGAACUGGCGGGCUUCUGCAGUCCCACAGGCCAAGGAUCUCAAGCAACCACAUCGCAGAACACCACCGCCACCACCAUCUCGUCGCCAUCGUCGUCGACCAUGUCGUCGGCGCACCUUUCGCCGAUGUCGUCCGCGUCGGCGCACUGCCAGCAGUCGACCCUGAACAGCCAACAGUCGUCGUUCUACCAAUAUCUGACGCCACCGAGCCAGCACAGUGGGGGCGUAACGCCGCAGCAUUUGGUCCAAACCCUGGACAGCUACCCGACGCCAUCGCCGGAAUCGCCCGGCCACUGGUCUAGUUCCUCGCCACACUCGACUUCGGACUGGUCCGAAGGAGUCCAAUCGCCCGCCGCGGCCAACAUGAACGUGUACGUGACGAGUGCCCCACCCGGUGGCCAUCAGGCCAACAAGGGUUCCGAAGCGAUCUACAUCUAACCCACAAGGGCUUAGAACAGUUUAGUUAAUACAAGUGCCUCGUCCUAAACGUUGACAAGCAACGUCUGUACAGAGAAAAAGUGUCCCCUAGCUCCACUUCGCCCUCGUUUAGCCCCAGCUGUAGAAUGGGACCGGAGCGAAGCCGGAUAGUGAUAAUUUAUUCGAUAAUUUAACUAGUUUUUAAAACAAUUUGUUGCAAAAGACUUCCCCCUCGAAGGAACCAUGCGUGCUGAAUAGACCUAUUCGUAUUUUCAAAAAUGUCUGGAAACUCCCCAGUCAACCAAUACUUUGAUUUUUCA